UCCAGGAUUUCUCUAGAACCUCUCCUAUCCUUUAGAACUCACUACCCCAGUCAGGGGUGGACUGACCAUUUGGAAACUUGGGCACUGCCCGAGGGCCUGGGGUCAGUAGGGGGCCCCAUGAGAUGCCCCUGGUACCUUUUUCAUAGGCUUUUUUGAGUUUGGGCAAGGACACAGGGGCCCCAUGAUCCCCUAUUGCCCGGCCCGGGGUCAGUAGGGGGCCCCAUGAGAUGCCCCUGGUACCUUUUUCAUAGGCUUUUUUGAGUUUGGGCAAGGACACAGGGGCCCCAU